AUGCGUGCACACGCUUCUUCACACUCCCGAGGCACUCACCAAGGUUGUAUUAAACACCCACCAUUCACCGAUGCUGCUGCGUGGACCCACCUCAUCCCUAACCCUAACCCUAACCCCAACCACAUAACCCAACACUGUCCUUUCUUGCAGAGGGAGGGUAACGACUAUGGACCAAACCAAGCACCCAAAUUUUACACCUCACUCUGUGGAAUUGGUCUAGGAGUAAUUGAUCAUGAGUCAAAAGAACAAGAUCGUAAGGUUUGUUCACUAGAGUAG